GGAAGCAGAGAUUUAAGAGCGACUUGUUUUGACUGCAUUCCACUGCAUGCGUCUGCUGUGAACGUACAGCCUACGCUCCUCUUGUUUCCUCUUUCUUUUUCUCUCGCACACUUUUCCUCCUUCGCCAUCGGAUCAUAGAGCUGUUCCAGAACAAGGCGGUGGAGAUGUCUUUUCCGCAGCUCGGCUACCCGCAGUACUUAAGUGCCUCCCAGGCAGUUUACGGGAGUGAACGACCGGGAGUUCUUACACCCUCGUCCCGUGGAGGAAGCACCGAAAUCGGGGGAAGUCCGUCUGCUACAGCCGCGGCUGUUACAUCGGUCCUGGGCAUGUACGCCAGUCCCUACGCUCACAACUACAGCGCCUUUUUACCAUACACAAGUGCCGACCUGGCGCUUUUUUCACAAAUGGGGUCCCAGUAUGAUCUGAAGGACAGCCCAGGCGUCCAUCCCGCCAGCUUCGCUGCCCACACUUCUCCGGCGUUUUACCCCUAUGGGCAGUUCCAGUAUGGCGACCCAGCCCGGCCCAAGAACGCCACCCGGGAAAGCACCAGCACUCUCAAAGCUUGGCUUAACGAGCACAGGAAGAACCCCUACCCUACUAAAGGAGAGAAGAUCAUGCUGGCCAUCAUCACCAAAAUGACCCUGACACAGGUGUCCACGUGGUUCGCCAACGCCAGGAGGAGACUCAAGAAGGAGAACAAGGUCACGUGGGGCAGCAGGAGCAAAGAGGACGAGGACGGGAACUUGUUCGGUAGCGGAGAUGAGGCCGAAAAGAACGAUGAUGAGGAGGAGAUAGACUUGGAGAGCAUAGACAUAGACAAAAUAGACGAGAACGACGGAGAUCAAAGCAAUGAGGACGAUGACGACAAAUCGACGGAGGGCAGCAGGGAGCUGCGAGGUACUGGUGCUUCCACUGUGGAACUGGACACUUUGGACAAACGACGGGCCUUUGCCCUGCAGGCCCAGGAGGCCUUUGACAAAACUAAGAGUCCCAUUUUAGUUCACCCUGGAACUAAGGACAGUCAGGACAGCAACAAUAACACGCGAGUUCUUUCUCCGGACAGGCCUGGGAGCUUUUCCCUUCCUUCUAACAACAAACCUAAAAUCUGGUCCUUAGCAGAGACCGCCACGAGUCCAGACAAUUCCUCUCAGAAACCCACCUCCCCUUGUGCUCCCAGCGGGCCCACUCACCCAUCAACACCCCACCAUCAGCUCCAGACGCACCCUGCGUUUCUGUCCAACCACGGACUGUACACGUGUCAGAUAGGAAAGUUCCAUAACUGGACAAAUGGUGCGUUUCUGGGUCAGAACUCCCUGCUAAAUGUGAGGUCGUUUCUGGGAGUAAACCACCACCACAACCAUCAUUUGCCGAGCCAGCAGCAGCAGCAGCAGCCCACAUCAGUGUUGGUGUCGCCGGUCGCAGCCGCAGCAGCGCUCAGCGGCGAGAGCAAGGGCCCAGCAGAGAGCCACAGUCCCAAGCACAUAGACCUCGACAAUGUUGUAAGGUCUGAUUCUCCUCCAGCACAACCACUCAAGUCUUCAUUUCGUCCCCUUCAUGACAGAUCCUCUCUGCCUGCCAGCACCAGGAGUCCAGCAGACAACACGCAACGCGUCCUCACGGCUCUGUCCUCAGCUUGACUCUCUCCCACAAAAUGAACGAUCAAAAAAACCCGAAACAAAACAAAAGACUGACUUUUCUCACCAGUAAAAAGGACAAUGCGCAAUUACACAGCGUAUAGCAUCGAAUCGGUACAGAACAAAUUGGUUAGUUUGGUAAUAUCCUGUGGAUGGAUUCUUCCUCUGUUGUUGUUUAGCCUAUAAUCGCGCCCAUGUUAUUCUCCACUUUGGCCAAACAGGCUGGAACAUUUGGUAGGCUUUUUACUUUAUUAUUAUAUAUAAUAAUUAUUAUUAUUUUGUCUCUC